CGAUUUUUUUUUUCUUUUCCUUUUCCUCUUCUUUUCCUUUUCUUUUUUCUUUUCAAUUCUUUUUUUUUUUUCACUGUGAAUAAUGUCUCAACAUUUGACUAACGAUUGUAUUUUUUGCAAGAUCAUUAGGGGUGAAAUUCCUUCUCACAAGAUUGCCGAAACUGACAAAAGCUAUGCUUUCUUGGAUAUUAAUCCUAUUAGUGAAGGUCAUACACUUGUUAUUCCUAAAUACCACUCGGAAUUCUUCCAUGAAGUUCCUGAAGAUUAUCUUGCCGACCUUCUACCUUUGGCCAAAAAAGUAGCUCUUGCUCAUGGUUUUGAACAAUACAAUUUGUUGCAGAACAAUGGUCCUAUGGCUCAUCAAGUCGUCAAGCAUGUUCAUUUUCACAUCAUCAACAAACCCAAUAGGGAACAAGGUCUCGGUGUAGGUUGGCCUCAACAACAAGUGACCCAAGAUCAAUUGAAAUCUACUCUUAUCAAGGUGAAAGAAAAGUUGUAAAAGCACCUAUAUAUUUUAGAUAGUCCACUUCUAGUUUACUGAAAUAUAUUUGUUGCUAAUAAAUAAAUUUACCUUUUGAAUGCUAUAUGCCUUCUUUUUGAUUUUUUUUUUUU